GUGGCUGCGUGGACCCAGACUCUGCGUGAUGUCUCAUACCAUUUUACUAGUUCAGCCUACCAAGAGACCAGAAGGCAGAACUUACGCUGACUAUGAAUCUGUGAAUGAAUGCAUGGAAGGCGUUUGUAAAAUGUACGAAGAACAUCUGAAGAGAAUGAACCCAAACAGCCCUUCCAUCACAUAUGAUAUCAGCCAGUUGUUUGAUUUUAUUGACGAUCUGGCAGAUCUCAGCUGCCUCGUUUACCGAGCUGAUACCCAGACAUACCAACCUUACAACAAAGACUGGAUUAAAGAGAAGAUCUAUGUGCUUCUUCGUCGGCAGGCCCAGCAGGCGGGGAAAUAAUUGAGCUGGAAGCAUUAGGGGGUGGGGUGGGCUUGGAAUACAAGUGUGUACAGCAAACUAGAGGGUGUUUUGUAUUCUAAUAAUCCAGUUUCCAUUUGGUACACUCUAGCCACAAUUGAAUAUAUUGAGUGAAAUAUGA